AUGGGGAGCUCACAGCAAGCUGGAUGGUGCAAGAAACCCCCAUCACCCACAAAUGCAAGAGCUACUUCGGAAGAUGUCAGGAAGACCAUGUACACCAUUGUUUUGCUCACCAUCACUGCAGUCACAGGAGCCACAGGGAACCACAGAGAGUCAGCAACAGCAGGUAGCAGCUCUGUGCUCACCUGCCCUCACAAAUCAAAUAUAACUCUGUUAACAUGGAAUAUAAGCCCCAAGGUUGGGGGGCCCUGCACCUUGGGAUACAGG